UUGACACUUCAAUUUCCGUAAACAAAGCAGUUUUUACAUGCAGAACGUGAUAAAAAUACAUUAAUAAUAUAAUGAACUUAUUAAUCUGAAAGACUGUGAAAGGACAAACGUAGACCUUCCCCUUUGCCCUCGCCUAAAUGAUUACAAAAUAAGUUUUAUCAACUUCUGGUCUCAUGGUUAAAGUAUACGUCUUAUGCUUUAUUUGUUUAAGGAUACUCAACUGAUCGAGCUUUAUUGUUUAUAACAGCUGUUUUGAUAAGGUGUAACAAAAGAAAGGCGCAAUCAUGUUUUUGAAAAUAACCUCUGCAUUUUUAUUGUUAUUUAUCAGUUUAAGUGCAAGUUAUAAACCAGUUGUUUUAAUUCAUGGCAUCAUGACAGGAAGUGGAAGCAUGGAAAUUAUUAAAUUCAGGAUACAAGAGAAACACCCCGGUACAGUUGUAUAUAAUGUAAAUAGGUUUGAAAGUUGGUCUAGUUUGGAGACAAUGUGGCAUCAAGUGUUGGAGAUAGGUCAGGAUGUGGCGAACAUUUCAUCUCAACAUCCAGAGGGUAUUAAUAUUAUAGGAUAUUCCCAAGGAGGUCUGGUCGCAAGAGGUAUUAUACAAACUUUUCCAAAUAUAACAGUGGACACUUUUAUAUCUCUAAGUUCACCACAAGCUGGCCAAUAUGGAGCCGGUUUUCUCCAUGUUGUAUUCCCCGGUCUGGUUAAGGAGACGGCAUAUGAGCUGUUUUAUUCCCGCUUGGGUCAGCACACCUCGGUAGGCAAUUACUGGAGGGACCCUUAUCAUCAGAAACUAUAUGAAACAUACAAUGUUUACCUGCCAUAUAUUAAUAAUCAUAUAAAAUCGAACAAAUCCGAAGAUUUCAAGGCGAAUUUGUUGAAGGUGAAACGAUUGGUCCUCGUUGGAGGUCCUGAUGAUCAAGUUAUAACUCCAUGGCAAAGCAGUCAAUUUGGGUACUACGAUAGUAAUGAGACGGUGGUGGAGAUGCGGCAGCAGGCGAUCUACAUGGAGGACCACAUCGGGCUGCGCAGCCUGGACCUGGCCGGCCGCCUGCUGCUGCUCACGGUGCCGGGAGUCAACCACUUCGACUGGCACAUGAAUGUCAGUAUUGUGGAUGAUUUCCUCCUACCCUACUUAGAUUAAUACCGUUGUAGCCAAUAUUGCCCUUGCCCCUACGAUAAGUGCGGUAAAUCCAUACAUUUUUAUCAGCCAUCUGAAUUCACUCCCUUAAGCAUAUCUAUACUAAUAUAAUAAAGCGUAAACA